GAGGCAAUCAGGCAAGGACUCCCAAGGAUUUUAGUUACAUGCAUUUGCCAACAAGCAUCUCUUAAAAUCUGGUUCAGCCGUUGUCCACUGUCUACACGUACCCAGGGUGGGUACAUAUGAUGGACAUGGUCAAUAUUGACUUCUCAAACGGAUUGCGGAAACAUUUUUCUUUCUAAUUCAGUAAUUAGUGAACUCGGGGAAUAAACAUGGCGUCAAUGGUUAAGCAGUGUGAUUCCAUUGUGAGGAAAAUCCAAUGCAUACAGCAUCCUCUAAAGAUUGUAUCUCGUCGAUUGGGUCUGGGCGCAAAUAAUGAUCCUGAUUUGAGCAGAGAUUUUUUUGUCCAGCUAUGGGUUGCAGAUAGAAAGAACUCAAAGAAGCAUAAGGCUGGCGCAAAAUAUAGACCAAAAAGUCAUGGCGUCCUGAACCAUGGCGAAUCAGGAUCUUGUAGUCAUGUCUCUGUUCGGGGGUCAUCUGUAAGGCGUCUCUCAGGGGUUUAUGCUGAAGAGAAAUCUUCCUUCGAUGAUCUAAAACCCAAUCUGAGACAACCGCCGCCGAGCCAAUCUGUGGCGGGUGUUCUGCAACCUUCAUCACCUGAAGAGUCCAUGGUUGCUCAUCUUCUCGCUAGAUCCAACUUGCUGAUUACUAGAGACAUAGAAUGGGCGAAUCUUGUUCUUGGCUUUGAGCAAGAAAACAGAUAUGCUAUUGUAGAUGUGUGCUACCCAGAAUCGGUAUGUACAUACUUGCUGCAUCCAUCCCCAGAUUUUCUUCUCACCUUCCUUUUGCUCCUGCAGGUUUUAUCCGCGAAAAAAGUAGUGUCAUUGCAAGACAGAAAUACACAAGAAGAAAAAUAUGGAGGAGUGCGAAAGGAAGCAAAAAGAGGAGCCCAAGGAGAAUAAAAUAGAGGAAGAAGAAGAUUACCUGGUUUUAACAGAGAAAUUGCAGAAGCAAAGUGUGAGGUCGCCGGAAAAACUGCAAAAGAGUGGUGUGCAGCUAUGUUUGUGGCGUUGACGAGCAAGCAACUGCUGUUGCUGGAAAUCAUAGGUUGUGGAUGACAGAGAAAUCAUAUAUGGCAUCACUGGGAAGCUAGGCGGCUGGAAAUCGCAUCCGGGGAAGAUGGAAACCACAAACGAUUUUGGGGGUUUAAUUAUAUGAAGGUUGCUUCGCCUCAGACGCCCUUUUGUGGCUAAUAUAACUGAUGGUCUGGGUAAUGAGCUUUUUAGGGUACGAAGACCUUUUUGGUGGAUCACUAGCUCUAUUUAUGCUGAGAUCAAUGGAAAAGAAAUAGGUGUAGUCCACAGAAGAUGGCAUCUCUGGAAGAGAAUAUAUGACCUGUAUUUGGGGAAUGAUCAGUUUGCCGUGGUUGAGAAUCCUGGCUUUUGGAACUGGACUUUUACAUUAAAGGACAUUGAUGGGAAUGUGCUGGCUCAGAUAGAUCGUGACUGGAGAGGAUUUGGUUUUGAGGCAACUACAUGAAGGCCAAUAGAAAAGAACAUCAAAUGUUAUGAGGAAACAUUUGCGUUAGAAGUCUAAGAUUAUGUUUGGAUACAGGAAAGUGCCAAAUAAAGUAUUUUUCUUAAGCUUGGUUUUGACAUAGAAAUUGCACAAGAAAUCAAUUUUUUUAUAUUUAGAUUAGUUUUUAAUUGUGUGCUUUAGUGGAGGAGUACGGCUGCGUAUAUCCGACCCCACCUACCCCACCGCAGUUGGGAGCCUUUGCAGCACUAGGAUAAUGUUGUUGUAUUUAGAUUAGUGUUUAAAAAUAAACAUAAAUAAAUUGAAGCACCAACUGGAGGCACUUUGCCCCUCAGUAAACUCAUUAUUUCAACUGCCAUUGCACUAUAUUCAAAUUGCGCACUUGGUCGUUCCACCCUUUCUUGUUUUCAGCUAUUCCUAUAUAUCAAAGUAAUCAAACUACCAACAAAAAGUGCACAAUACACAAUCGUUGAUUAUGAAUUUCCUGUCGAUAUCUGUCCUAGUCUACAUCUGUAUAGGCAAAGAGUCAAUGUGUCGACAAUUCUAGUGAUUGCAUACCGAUGUCCUCACACAUAGAAAUUCUAAGAAAUGGCCAGCAACACUCACUGCAAGUGAAGUAUCAAGACAACUCAGAGAUCAGUAAAGGCGUAAAGCAACUUGCCUACUAACCUUCGUUACUUAGUUAUUUAAACAGAUCCAGACAAUGGUUCUCUCUGUUUUGGAAGUAAGAGCAGAGAGAAGCAUGACAAAUAAUGGAUGCUCUAUCUGAUUUAAGCUGUAGUAACUCUUCUUUAAGGAUUUUACUUGGGGAACUGUAUGGGAAAAGUGCCUUUCUUGGCCAUCUGACUAUAAGGAUUUUACCAGCUCAAGUGAAGUCCUUCAAAAUCACUUGCAAAUAGUUCUUGACUAUCAGUUACAUAUCAACUUCAGUCCUCCAUUUAGUACUUUGUUUAAACGGCGCCAAUUUAGAGGUCAUUUGAGUAUUUUAUUGUAGCAAUCCUGUAUAUGUGUAUUAAGUUAAAUCAUUUCAUUUUGUUUAGCAAAAAAGAUCUAUUUAAUAAUUUCUACAGAAGAAAAAAAUACUUUUUCCGACUCAUCAAAAUGAUAUUUUUCCUCAUAAAGGAAUAAUACCUUGGCUGCAGGAUUGCAAGUUUACUCGAAUAACCCAUUAACUGAUGCCAUUUAAACGGAUUAUCAAAUUGCCUUUUAGCUUAGGCUGCUUAUCUACUAGCUCACUUCUGGUGAAAAUUCUAAAUUCAUUGUUCUGGAAACUACAUAAGAGGGUCCCCAGAGGAUGGAUAGCAGAACUAGUUUCAUCUAGAAAAGUCACUGGAAAAGGCCUACAUGUUAGCCUGUGAUGACGAGGCUGUUGAAGAUCUGUCUCACUUGUGAGCUUACACAAAAGUUUACGGUGACCAGAAAAGCAUUGAUGGAUCGCCCAUGUUUUCAAUGAUGAUUGAAAGAGCUAAUUCAAAGAAAACGCACACAUCAAAAGAAAAGUACAAAGUUGGGUACUGUUACUGCUCAUCUGCAGUAUUUGCCAGGAAAGAAAUUCAAGCCAUCAGGAUUGCCUCUGGUCCCAUGUACAAGAAGGGAGCAUAUUCAUUAUAACAUCUUUACAAUAGUGGACAGCAUAUUCACUAAAUGAGAUGAGAACAACAGUGCCUUAGAAGUCAAUAUAGUUAUUAGUCACAUGCCUUUAAAGUACCACUGUUCAACUUCCUCCUCAGUUCAUUCUAUCAUAAUAAAGAAGAAACCUGAUGAUAAUAAUCUGUGUCUUGCAGAUUUUCACAGAUGCUGGCCAGUAUGUGAUCCAAUUCGGCAAAACUGAUUCCAGUAAUGCUUCAGUUGGAGGGAUUCAAGAGUUAGACGUUGUUCGUCCACUAACCCUCUCAGAGCGAGCAGUAGCUGUUGCGCUUGCUGUAUCACUAGAUAAUGAUUACUUCUCAAGACAUGGAGGCUGGGGGAUUCCGUUUGUCGAAGUGGGCGAAUAACCUGUCUAUGUUCUGACUUUGCUUGCAACCCAUCUCCUGAAGGAAAACAUUGCAGUGGGAAAAAACAUAGGUGUGUGUCCGAGAUACUUUUUGUACAGGGAUAGAAGCAAAUGAUAAAUUCUUCUUGGUUGGCAACUUUAUUAACUCCUGCAAAUGAGAAAUUCUUCUGAUUGAUUGCAUUGAUUAUUGACUAGUAUUACACCAGAAGUCAUCAUUGAUCUAAAUGUCAAACCUCAAUGAUGUUGUCCACAUGAGGUGCAAAUUUGUGAAUUUAUGAUUGUUACCAGUAUCAUUAACUGGGGCAAAUUUCACUUUUAGUCUUUUGACUAUAUUGCAUUCACAUCUUUGUCCUUGUCUUAGAUUUUUUGGAUCAACAAAAACAGAUAUUCCCCUUUUAGUUCAAGAUGUCAAAAGUGACCUCACUGUAUUAGAACUAGCGAAAUAAAUUGACCAGUGCUACUAAAAUUGAUACUUUGUCGGUUUGCCCUUUGAACUAGCAAUUACAUCACAUUAUUCUGCA